AUGGCCGAAGAAGAUCAUCGCUCGACAGAGGGCAUAUAUACCGGUCUCCCUCUCGACCCAUCCGCGUUCGAUAGUGACCCCCGGAUCUCUUGGUCGAAACUCGACAACAAGUUCAUCCUCGAAACCGACGAGGGCAACGAGUUCGAAUGGGACACUGCUCUGAAAAGAUGGAUACCAGUGCUGGACCAGUCACUGUUGGACCAACAAGGCGAAAUCUACAAGGUUGCAGGUGUCGAUGAGGAUGCGACAACCACCUCACAGAAGAAGAAACGGAAACAGCCAAACGGCGAUGAGUCCGGCAACAAGUCCAAAAAGCCUCGAGUCAAUACUGCCGUCUACGUGACUUCGAUACCUCUCGAUGCCGACCAAGAAGAGAUCCAACAUGUCUUUUCCAAAUGUGGUGUCAUUGCAGAAGAGAUUGACUCUGGAAAACCACGAAUCAAGAUGUACGAGGAUGACAAGGGCCAAUUCAAGGGUGACGCACUCGUGGUCUACUUCAGACCCGAAUCAGUCAAUCUUGCGGUUCAAAUGCUUGACGACACAGAUUUCCGAUUGGGAACGCAAGGUCCAAUGGGCAGGAUGAGAGUCCAAGCAGCAGAUUUCUCAUAUAAGAGUCAACAGGAUGUCCCCCCAAAAACAAGUAAGAGAGAACAAAAGAAGGUCAUCCAAAAAACAGAGAAGAUGAAGGCUAAACUCAUGGAUUGGGAUGACGACGACCCGCAAACGCUACAGGAUACAAGUUCCAAGUGGGACAAGCUGGUAAUACUGAAGCAUAUGUUCACACUCCAAGAGUUAGAGGAGGAUCCCGCGGCGAUGCUUGAAAUCAAAGAAGACAUCCGCGAGGAAUGUUCGAAGCUGGGUCAAGUCACAAACGUUGUCCUCUUCGAUAAGGAAGCUGAAGGCGUUGCAAGUGUCCGUUUCUCGGAUGCCCAGGCUGCAGCUGCCUGCGUCCAACGAAUGAAUGGAAGAUGGUUCGAUGAGAGACAACUAGAGGCGUUCAUUGCAACAGGUCGAGAGAAGUUCAAGAAAUCAGGCGACAAGAAGGUCAGCUUUGACGACGAAGACGAUGAGGAAGAAGGAGGAGAGGGCGGCAGAUUGGACAAGUUUGGCUCGUGGCUGGAGGAGCAAGAGAAAGAAAAGUGA